AUUUCAGUGAUUUUACUGGAACGAAGACUUGACCUUGUCCCUUGAGGAGAAGAGUAGAGAAGGGGAUCUAAAUUCUACGGGAAAAGCUACGGGUCUGAGUCCAUGGCAGGGGCAGGGAGUUCCAUGCUCUAUUCUUUCCUUCUAUUCAUGGUCAUUCUCUCACUUCAAGAAGUUUACAGAGGGAAGUUAGCGUCGUCUGAGCUGUUUACCAUACUCGGGGGGUUCACCAGUUCUCUUGUAUUUCUUGUGCUGCUGACUUUCAUUGGAAAUUUCCAGGAAACAUGUGGCAUGAGGACUGGGUGGGGUGCUGUCAUAAUAGCAGAAGCAGUUGCUCUAAUUGCUGCUAGCACAGUCCAUCGAGUUUGUAUCACAACAUGUUUCUUGUUCUCAGCUGGAUUUCUGUAUGAGGUCAACAAGCUUUCUGGGAUGGUGCUCACCAAAAGUGAAUCAAAAUCAAAAAGGAUCUGAGAUUGGAAAUGAGUUUAUGAUGAUCUGCCAUUUUGAUUUUUUUUACUGUUUCUCAUGGUUUUCAAGUAUCAUAUGGACAUUUUACCUAAGAAGACGGAAGAGUAUCAUUUAAGAUGUAUCAGGUAUUUGACAACAAUGGCCAUUUUUGCCCAUAGGUGCCUAUUUAUUGGACAAAACUCUAUCCAGUCCUGCUACAGGGUUGCCGUUU